CGUUUACUGCAGUGUUUGUGGAAGUCUGCGAAGGCUGGCGAGUGUGGCGACGUGAUAGCAAACAUCUCGCUAGCUACCCCCAAGUCUUCCAUUUUGUCAGAGUCCUCUUUUUCAGGUGGCCGUCAUCAAGACACGUGUUGGCUGCUAGCAAGCUAUGAAGAUGAGGAAGCGUCCAAACGUCCUGCUAACAGGAACCCCUGGUGUUGGAAAGACCACUCUGGGAAAGGAGCUGGCCCAGAGGACAGGGCUCACCUAUGUCAACAUAGGAGACCUGGCCCAGGAAGGACAACUUUAUGAUGGGUAUGAUGAAGAGUACCAGUGCCCAAUUUUGGAUGAGGACAGGGUGGUGGAUGAGCUGGAUGAAAAGAUGGUAGAAGGGGGUGCAAUCGUUGACUAUCAUGGCUGUGACCUGUUCCCUGAACGCUGGUUCCACAUCGUCUUUGUCCUCCGCACAGACAACACCCAACUGUACACACGGCUAGAGAGCAGGGGUUACGCAGGGAAGAAGCUGCAGGACAACGUGCAGUGUGAGAUCUUCCAGACCAUCUACGAGGAGGCCAUGGAGGCCUACAGCGAGGAGAUCGUCCACCAGUUGCCCAGCAACACUCCCGAGGACCUGGAGCGCAACCUGGAGCAGAUAGUUCAGUGGAUUGAGCAGUGGAUGAAGGACCACAACUAGAAGCUGAACCCAGCCUGCUGCUGGCUUCCACUGGCAGGACAACGAGUGUUUGGACAAUUAAAAAAUGAAUUGUGGUUAUUUUCCAAUCUGCAUUUAUUUUCCUAGAUUUUGCCAUAAAGAAGAAUGGUGAUAUAUCCAAAGACUAAUCACUUUGUUCAGUGGCGUCUUUGACCUGCCUCUAGUUAGCAGGAAGUGCUGCUCGGCCAACCCUCUCUCAAAUGGUUGGACUUCAAAAAGGUAGAUGUCCUCGUAAAAACAGAAACACACCAGGACUUUGUGACACUAGUUGUCUGAUUACCCAUCACAUGAUUUGUAACCAGUGCAAAUUAUUGUCAAGUCAAAGCACUCGUGCUGCUGCAUUCAUGUCAUAUAUUUUAUAAAUAAAUGAUCAAACAGCA